UUUUUAUUUAAUCAAUUUUAAGGCUUUACCACAAUGAAUUUUUAAAAAUCACAUUUUAUCAGAUUAGUUUAACUGAUUUUCAAGCAAAGUAUGUUUGUGUCUUUAAGCUGUUAAAUUAAAAUAAUUAUAUUUCUUGCCAAUUAUUAAAUACCGAAAUCAAAUUGAAAUUGAUGCACCACUUUUAUUCCUUAAAUCUGUUUGUUCUCGCUUCUCAGUGCAGAUAAAACAAGAUUCAUCUGCGAUCCAGCCCCGUUGACUCGCUUACAGCAUUCUGGCUAAAUCACACUGCGCAUUCAGUGCCAAUUGCUGGGUUAUUAACCAGGAGGCCAAUUGACCCUGUUGAACUUUUCUAGCUACCCCCUUUUUUUCCCCUGCUGAUUGUCCCACCUCCAUGUCGGAGACGCAACACAGGCUCAGUGAGAGGUCAGGUGAGGAUCCUGUUUCAUCCACGCACGUCUCGCGCGGUGCACCCUCCUUACUAAGCCCUUCAUCACUUGCACGUGCGUCCGGUGGGAGGUUCCCCUACCACCCCGUUUGCGUCAAGCACUCCCUAAAUCGUAAUGUUACCAUAAACAGUCCCACCUCAACGACCCAUAAUCACCUCUCAGGCUUUUUUACCGAGACAUCUCAUUGGACGUGAACACGCGACCAGCGCGAGGAGGGGGGCUUCCAGACGCGUGCCGCUUUUUAAGCCGACGCAGCGCCUUGAGACACCAGAGAAGGAGUCCCGCACGCGACCCGAACGCCUCUUACACACACACACACGCACGCACACACAAACACACAAACUGUGCGCAACUGUGAAUUCCUAGGAACAUUUCCAAAUACAGUUAAAGGGAAAAAAGUGUUCUUGUUGUUUUCGAAAUAUGGAUAUGUUAACGGUGGAAGAGUGGAGUAAAGGUGCGCGGGAGGUUGCAGCUCUGGAUGCGCUGCAACAGGAACGCGUCAGCACCGGGGUGGUGGAGAGGGGAGGGAAGCAUCAACUCGAGGUGUCCCGCUACGACCCGGGACAUACGCUCGUGGACGGCGGCAGUGACCCACGCGCCUGGCUAACCGAUGCGUCUGGCACCUGCGCGGCACACGCCACAUCACCCGACUACCUGCGGCACUCGCCCUGUCCGAGCACAGGCUCCUACCAGGAGAGUUGUUCCCCCGGGUCCUCGGGCCACCCCAGCCCUCCCAUUCACAGACGAUCUGCCAAGAGUCCCUCCUCUUCCUCGCUCAAAGUCAGGGACCUGUGCCGCCUCAAAGGCACCAUCACAGGGCCCGAAGAAGAGUCCCCCCUGAGACAGAGAGCGCAGUCCAGCAAGCCCGUCAGCGGCGUCCAGAAGCAGAGGCGGGUGGCCGCCAAUGCACGUGAGAGGAGGCGCAUGCACGGGCUGAACCACGCGUUCGACGAACUGCGCAGCGUCAUCCCGGCGUUCGACAAUGACAAAAAACUCUCCAAGUACGAAACUCUGCAGAUGGCGCAGAUUUACAUCAACGCGCUGGCCGAGUUGCUGCAAGGUCCAGUGUCCUCCACCAACAAUGAGAACUCCCACGGUUCACCAAAGCGUGAUAUUUUGCUGUCACCCGCAGAUGGUUUUGAAGGGGCAAAAGAAAGGGCUGCCCAGUCGCCGUCGCUUACCUGCAGGACAGCUGUGGCGCUGCCCCUCUCUGGUGAUGCCAUACCUGUUCACAUCAACGGGAUGCCAUUCCGCUCCUCGUUCCAAGAGAACUCAUUCUCUGGCAGAGUUGAAGAAGCGACGUGUUCCCCUUCUUCCUCAUCCUCACUUGUCGGGAAUGGGAGGAAAGAGUCUCCGCGAAGCGACGGGGAGUUUUCCCCGCGCUCCCACUUCAGUGACUCGGAUGAAAUGGCAAUGGAGCUCCACUCAAGUGAAGAAGAUGAUCUGUCGGAAAUCAAGCUACCCAGCCACCGUCAUCCCACCGUGUCAUUCUAAAUAGUUUUUGAAUAAUAAUAAAAAAAAGACUAAAUAAAAAUAGCUCACUGCAACAGAAUUGACCAAAUUUCAUUAAACCGUGUCAAUCGUA